AUGGCUCCUGCUUCCGAAGAUACCGUAAACUUCCUAAUUGAGAAACACCCAAAGACACCGAUUGACAGAGCUCCAAGCUCUCCUAAAGAAGACUCGGGUAUCUCGGUUACAUCUCAACAAAUUCUCACAUGCUUGAGGUCGUUUCCAAAAGUCAGAGUUUUUCAAAGAGCUGCUAUUCCGGUAAUAAAGGAGCCAGCCGGACUGCUUGAAAAAGGUAAUUACAGACCUGACAGAUGCAGUGGUUCCUUGGGCCAGAGACGCUCCUUGACGUGGGACGUAACUUUUUCCCACAAAAUGGCCGAAAGACAAACCAGUUUUAUGUCAACGGAGGCUGGGACCGCCGCGAUAAAAGCGUCUGACCAAAAAACAAUAAAAUAUGCCACUUUAAAUGAUAGCACCAAAAUGUUUACACCAGUAUGCAUUGAAACAUUUGGCCCAACUGAUGGGCAAACACAAACAUUUAUUAAUCAGUUAAUAGCAAAAGUUGUCGAGAUUUCCGGCAAUCCGGAAAAUAAACGUUACAUAAAACAAUACAUUUCAAUAUUAUUACAAAGAUUUAAAGCAUUUUGUAUCAUGGAGGGAGCAACGAAGUACCUUUCUGUGCAGGAACCCCAAACAUAA